GGAAAUGGAGAAGACCCACCUGAUGUGAAACCUACAGGAGGAAAUGGAGAAGACCCAUCUGAUUCUCUACAGGAGAAAAUGGAGAAGACCCACCUGAUUCGGUGUUCAAAGGAGGAAAUGGAGAAGACCCACCUGAUUCGGUGUCUAGCGAUCAACCCACAUGCCCUCUAUGUAACCUACAGGAGGAAAUCUGGCGAAGCACCUUCACAGAUUAGGAGAGGAAAUGGAGAAGUCCCACCUGUCUAUGUGACCUACAGGAGGAAACGGAGAAGACCCACCAUAUGUAACCUACAUGAGGAAAUGGAGAAGACCCAUCUGAUCUGUAACCUACAGGAGGAAAUGGAGAAGACCCACCUGAUGUGA